AUGGUCGGCCGGGCGGUGUGUUGUCAUCCGCGGAGCGACGGCCGGAGGCGGCAGCGGAGGCCCUGGCGGGGCGUUUGGUUUCGGUUUGGCCCUAACUAGUAUUAGUGUUGACGGUCAAAAUGGGAGUCCCCAAGUUUUACCGAUGGAUCUCAGAGCGGUAUCCCUGCCUCAGCGAAGUGGUGAAAGAGCAUCAGAUUCCUGAAUUUGACAACUUGUAUCUGGAUAUGAAUGGAAUUAUACAUCAAUGCUCCCACCCUAAUGAUGAUGAUGUUCACUUUAGAAUUUCAGAUGAUAAAAUCUUUACUGAUAUUUUUCACUACCUGGAGGUAUUGUUUCGCAUUAUUAAACCCAGGAAAGUGUUCUUUAUGGCUGUUGAUGGUGUGGCUCCUCGAGCAAAAAUGAACCAGCAGCGUGGGAGGCGUUUUAGGUCAGCAAAGGAGGCAGAAGACAAAAUUAAAAAGGCAAUAGAGAAGGGAGAAACUCUUCCUACAGAGGCCAGAUUUGAUUCCAACUGUAUCACACCAGGAACUGAAUUUAUGGCCAGGUUGCAUGAACAUCUGAAGUAUUUUGUAAAUAUGAAAAUUUCCACGGACAAGUCAUGGCAAGGAGUUACCAUCUACUUCUCGGGCCAUGAGACUCCCGGAGAAGGAGAGCAUAAAAUUAUGGAAUUUAUCAGAUCCGAGAAGGCAAAGCCAGAUCACGAUCCAAACACCAGACACUGUCUUUAUGGUUUAGAUGCUGACUUGAUUAUGCUUGGAUUAACAAGUCAUGAGGCACAUUUUUCUCUCUUAAGAGAAGAAGUUCGAUUUGGUGGCAAAAAAACACAAAGGGUAUGUGCUCCAGAAGAAACCACAUUUCACCUCCUACACUUGUCUUUAAUGAGAGAGUAUAUUGACUAUGAGUUUUCAGUAUUAAAAGAAAAGAUCCCAUUUAAAUAUGAUAUUGAAAGGAUAAUAGAUGAUUGGAUUUUGAUGGGGUUUCUUGUUGGUAAUGAUUUUAUCCCUCAUCUACCUCAUUUACAUAUUAAUCAUGAUGCACUGCCUCUUCUUUAUGGAACAUAUAUUACCAUCCUGCCAGAACUUGGGGGUUAUAUUAAUGAAAGUGGGCAUCUCAACUUACCUAGAUUUGAGAAAUACCUUGUGAAGCUAUCAGAUUUUGAUCGGGAGCACUUCAGUGAAGUUUUUGUGGACCUAAAAUGGUUUGAAAGCAAAGUUGGUAACAAGUACCUCAAUGAAGCAGCAGGUGUGGCAGCAGAAGAAGCCAGGAACUACAAGGAAAAGAAAAAAUUAAAGGGCCAGGAAAAUUCUCUGUGUUGGGCUGCUUUAGACAAAAAUGAAGGCGAAAUGGUAACUUCUAAGGAUAAUGUAGAAGAUGAGACUGAAGAUGAUGACCUAUUUGAAACUGAGUUUAGACAAUAUAAGAGAACAUAUUACAUGACGAAGAUGGGGGUUGAUGUAGUAUCUGAUGACUUUCUGGCUGAUCAAGCUGCAUGUUAUGUUCAGGCAAUACAGUGGAUUUUGCACUAUUACUAUCAUGGAGUUCAGUCCUGGAGCUGGUACUAUCCUUACCAUUAUGCACCUUUUCUAUCUGAUAUACGCAACAUCAGUACACUCAGAAUCCAUUUUGAACUAGGAAAACCUUUUAAGCCUUUUGAACAGCUUCUUGCUGUACUUCCAGCAGCUAGCAAAAAUUUACUUCCUACAUGCUACCAGCAUUUGAUGACCAGUGAAGACUCACCAAUUAUAGAAUAUUACCCACCUGAUUUUAAAACUGACCUAAAUGGGAAACAACAGGAAUGGGAAGCUGUGGUAUUAAUCCCUUUUAUUGAUGAGAAGCGAUUGUUGGAAGCCAUGGAGACAUGUAACCACUCCCUCAAAAAGGAAGAGAGGAAAAGGAACCAACAUAGUGAGUGCUUAAUGUGCUGGUAUGAUAGAGACACAGAGUUUAUCUAUCCUUCUCCAUGGCCAGAAAAGUUCCCUGCCAUAGAACGAUGUUGUACGAGGUAUAAAAUAAUAUCAUUAGAUGCUUGGCGUGUAGACAUAAGCAAAAACAAAAUAACCAGAGUUGACCAGAAGGCAUUAUAUUUUUGCGGAUUUCCUACUCUGAAACACAUCAAACACAAAUUUUUUUUGAAGAAAAGUGGUGUUCAAGUAUUCCAGCAAAGCAGUCGUGGAGAAAACAUGAUGUUGGAAAUCUUAGUGGACACAGAAUCAGAUGAACUUAUCAUAGAAAAUGUAGCUUCAUCAGUGCUUGGAAAAUCUGUCUUUGUUAAUUGGCCUCACCUUGAGGAAGCUAGAGUUGUGGCUGUAUCAGAUGGAGAAACUAAGUUUUACUUGGAAGAACCUCCAGGAACACAGAAGCUUUACUUAGGAAGAAGUGCCCCACCAUCCAAAGUGAUCCAUCUUGGAGAUAAAGAACAAUCUAACUGGGCAAAAGAAAUACAAGGAAUUUCAGAACAUUACCUGAGAAGAAAAGGAAUAAUAAUAAAUGAGACAUCUGCAGUUGUGUAUGGUCAGUUACUCACAGGUCGUAAAUAUCAAAUAAAUCAAAAUGGUGAAGUUCGUCUAGAGAAACAGUGGUCAAAACAAGUUGUUCCUUUUGUUUAUCAAACUGUUGUCAAGGACAUCCGAGCUUUUGACUCCCGUUUCUCCAAUAUCAAAACAUUGGAUGAUUUGUUUCCUCUGAGAAGUAUGGUCUUUAUGCUGGGAACUCCCUAUUAUGGCUGCACUGGAGAAGUUCAGGAUUCAGGUGAUGUGAUUACAGAAGGUAGGAUUCGUGUCAUUUUCAGCAUUCCAUGUGAACCAAAUCUUGAUGCUUUAAUACAGAACCAGCAUAAAUAUUCUAUAAAGUACAACCCAGGAUAUGUGUUGGCCAGUCGCCUUGGAGUGAGUGGAUACCUUGUUUCAAGGUUUACAGGAAGUAUUUUUAUUGGAAGAGGAUCUAGGAGAAACCCUCAUGGAGACCAUAAAGCAAAUGUGGGUUUAAAUCUCAAAUUCAACAAGAAAAAUGAGGAGGUACCUGGAUAUACUAAGAAAGUUGGAAGUGAAUGGAUGUAUUCAUCUGCAGCAGAGCAACUACUGGCAGAGUACUUAGAGAGAGCUCCAGAACUAUUUAGUUAUAUAGCCAAAAAUAGCCAAGAGGAUGUGUUCUAUGAAGAUGACAUUUGGCCUGGAGAAAAUGAGAAUGGUGCUGAGAAAGUUCAAGAAAUUAUUACUUGGCUAAAAGGACAUCCUGUCAGUACUUUAUCUCGUUCUUCUUGUGAUUUACAAAUUCUGGAUGCAGCUAUUGUUGAGAAAAUUGAGGAAGAAGUCGAAAAGUGCAAGCAAAGAAAGAAUAAUAAGAAAGUGCGAGUAACAGUGAAGCCCCAUUUGCUGUACAGACCUUUAGAACAGCAACAUGGAGUAAUUCCUGAUCGGGAUGCAGAAUUUCGUCUUUUUGACCGUGUUGUAAAUGUGAGAGAAAACUUCUCAGUUCCAGUUGGCCUUCGAGGCACCAUCAUAGGAAUAAAAGGAGCUAUUAGAGAAGCUGAUGUAUUAUUUGAAGUAUUAUUUGAUGAAGAAUUUCCUGGAGGCUUAACAAUAAGAUGCUCACCUGGUAGAGGUUAUCGACUGCCAACAAGUGCCUUGGUGAACAUUUCUCACGGGAGUCGCUCUGAAACUGGAAAUCAGAAGUUGACAGCCAUCGUGAAACCACAGCCAGCUGUGCAUCACUAUAGCUCAAAUUCAUCAGUUUCUACUGGGCAUUUGGGAGGCCUCAACCAUUCCCCUCAGUCACUUUUUGUUCCUACUCACGUACCUACUAAAGAUGAUGAUGAAUUUUGCAACAUUUGGCAGUCCUUACAGGGAUCUGGAAAGAUGCAACACUUUCAGCCAACUAUACCAGAGAAGGGUGCCGUUCUACCUCAAGAAAUAAGCCAAGUAAAUCAACAUCAUAAAUCUGGCUUUACUGACAACAGUAUUAAAUAUCAGCAAAGAAAACAUGACCCUCACAGAAAAUUUAAAGAAGAGUGUAAGAGUCCUGAAGCUGAGUGUCGGUCCCAGAAAAUGUCCAAUAAGCAAACUUUUGAAGGGCCUGCCAAAUGUAAUAUUAAGCUAUUGAAGAGAAAUGAAAGUCCAGAAGUCUCAGAAACCCAAAAGGUUGUGACUGGUUAUCCAAAUGCUAUUGAUAAGCCUAACUCUGGAAUUGAGAACUUUUUAGCAUCUUUGAAUAUCUCCAAAGAAAAUGAAGUACAGUCAUCUCAUCAUGGGGGACCUCCAAGUGAAGAGCAUUUGUCACCACAGUCAUUUGCUAUGAAGGGAACACGGAUGCUUAAAGAAAUUCUAAAAAUUGAUGGCUCUAACACUGUGGACCAUAAGAAUGAAAUGAAACAGAUUGGUCAUGAAAUCCCUGUUUCCUCUAAUAGAAGAGAUGAAUAUGGAUUACCCUCUCAGCCUAAACAAAAUAAGAAGUUAGCCUCUUAUGUGAACAAGCCUCAGAGUGCUAAUGAGUACCAUAACGUUCAGUCGAUGGACAAUGUGUGUUGGCCCACCCCCAGCCAGAUCCCUCCUGUAUCCACACCAGUAACUGAACUUUCUCGAAUUUGUUCCCUUAUUGGAAUGCCACAACCUGAUUUCACCUUUCUUCGGACGCCACAGACAAUGACCAUUUGCCAAGUAAAAUUAUCUAAUGGCUUACUGGUACAUGGGCCACAGUGCCACUCUGAAAAUGAAGCCAAGGAGAAAGCUGCACUUUUUGCUUUACAACAGUUGGGCUCCUUAGGUAUGAAUUUCCCUUUGCCUUCACCUGUAUUUGCAAAUUAUCCUUCUGCUGUACCACCCGGAGCCAUUCCUCCAGUUUUUCCCCAAGCUACUGCUAAUAUAAUGCCUUCAUCAUCUCAUCUCUUUGGCUCAGUGCCAUGGGGACCACCAGUGCCAGUUCCUGGGAAGCCCUUCCAUCAUACUUUAUAUUCUGGGACCAUGCCUGUGGCUGGGGGAAUGCCAGGGGGUGUGCCCAAUCAGUUUAUACCUCUGCAGGUUACUAAAAAAAGGGUUGCAAACAAAAAGAACUUUGAGAAUAAGGAGGCCCAGUGUUCUCAAGCCACUCCUGUUCAGACUAGCCAGCCAGAUUCUUCCAAUACUGUCAAAGUAAGUCCACAGGAGAGCUCAUCAGCUUCUUUAAAGUCCUCUCAGAUUGCUCAACCUGCAUCUUGUUUUCAAGUUGAAACUGCCUCUCAAGGCCGUAGUCUGUCUCACCAUAAGCCAACACCAAGCUCUUCUUCAAGAAGAAAAUCAAGAAAACUGGCUGUCAAUUUUGGUGUUUCUAAACCUUCUGAAUAAAUUUGGCUUUUGGAAUUAAGUUAAUUUCUUCUCUUUCCAUCUACCUUUUUAGAAAUCCAUAUCUGUAUCUUAUAAAAAUUAGAAUGUACUAUUUUAAAAUAAUAUGUGUAAAUUGAAAUUUUUUCAUUUUUAAGUUAUUAGGCACUUUUCAUGCUGUUUAAAAGACUGUAUCAAAUUGUGCACUUUAAGUAUGUACAAUUUGUUGUACGUCAAUUAUACCUCAAUAUAUCUGUAAAAAAAAAAAAGACUAAAUUAAACCUUGUAUUAAAAUAAUAAUAUAGUAUCAGUGGACUGAAUAUUAAAAUGAACCACUCUAAUCAUUGGCCUCACCAUUAAAGCAUCCUGAACUAUGAAUUAGGCAUCAGUUAGCAAUAAUAAGCAUUUUUUACACUAUCAUUGAGGAAUAAUUACACGGAGCAUGAAAUUUGGGCCUCCAGUAUAACUUACUGAAUGUGGAUUUUAUUUCUCUUUUUAAUGAUGUAAGACAGUUGUCAGGAGAAUGGCUCUUAUUUAUGUGUAUUUUAACAUACGCUUCGUUGUCUCUGAUGGUCCUUUAGACCUGCUGUGAAAGGAUCACAUUCGUUGUGGUGCUGCCAGUAUUGCUUUAUUCUAAAUUUUGUACCAAAGCAACUUUAGAAUACUAAUCAGAAUAUUUCAUCUAACUGCUUAGAACUAUAAAUAGCAUUCUGAAUUUGAGUAAGUACAAUUUUUUAGAUUAUUCAAGAACCAGCAUUAGUAAUUUCUAAUACAAUUGUUUCAAAAUCUACAGGGUACAGUGAUUACAAAUUAAUCUUCUAAUAAAAUAUGAAAUAUUAGUCAAGUUAAUUAAAAUAAAUUGUAUUCUUUUGUAUAGCUUUCUAUUUGCUUACUUGACUUUUAUGAGAGCUUCAUAGUUGGUCAAUAUGUAGUGCUUCUUGGGGCCGAAGAAAUUCUAAUUGUUUUUUAAGUUCCAAGGUGUGCUACGACAUAGGAGAUACAGUCAUCAGUUUGUGAUAUACAUCAUUUACUGCCUAUUUCAUUCUAAUUCUGUAUUUUCAGCUUUAUGCUAAACUGUUCAAUGAUGCUAGGAUUCUCUCUUUGCAUGUCAUAUGUGAAUGUGUGGUUCAAGCUGUAACCGUUGAAAUUAUUUUAGCAUUUAUGAAGAUUUCUCAGCAGGGCCUAUGUUUUGAUAUAUAUAUAUUAUAUAUUUAUUCUUUAGUUUUUGUGAUAUGCCUAUAUUUUUAAGGAAGUAAGUUAUAGCAUACUUUUUUAAAAGUAGGAACCACAGUCUUUAUAUGGAGCAGCUUGUUAUUCUGUCUGAUUUUCAUUCAGCUCAUUGAAAACUCUGCCAUGACUCAAAGUAGUCUUAUUUGUUUUUUAAAAUGCUGGUAUUAAACUAAAUGGACUCCUUUCACUAACUGCUGAUUUCAGAGUUUAAAUGUUAGUAGGUUAUUUGUGUAUUAGCAGUGCCUUCAGUAUAAGAGAGAAAUAUUCAUUAUCUGUCAUUUAUCAGUUAUAUGAGUUUCCAUGAUUUUAUUUUCUGUUAUUUACAUAAAAUUCAGACGUUCAGGUAAAAUUAGUUCCCAACAUUUUCUUGUUUAUCUGUAGUAGGAUCUUGUGUAAUGAGGCUCAAGCAGUCCUCAGUGUUUAUCAUUAUUGCCUCAUUAACUCUCUGUUUUUAAAGGAAACACUUAUUAUGGUAAUACAAAGAAAAGUUAAAUUGUAAUGUUAUAUUAACUUGUUCCUACUUUUAAAGUGUGUAAUGUUUCACUUCAACUGUACAAACUCCAUCAAUGAGAAAUUGAUUCAUUCAUUAUUCCUGUGUGACAGUUAUAUAAAUAGCAUGCAGCCCACAUCUGUUUUACAACAUAGAAGAAGCAGCACCUGCCAUCUUCUGAAAACUCCAAAGGAAAAUUUUAGUAAACAUCGUGCCACUAAAUCCAUAAGGAUACUUACCCCGUAUUUGAGCACAGCAAGCUGACAAUUCUAUACAGGUAGGCAGUAAAAGAGUUUUAUUUUCCGGCCAGGCACAGUGGCUCUUACCUGUAAUCCCAGCACUUUGGGAGGUCAAGGCCGGCAGAUCACUUGAGGUCAGGAGUUCCAUCCCUACAACCCUGGCCAACAUGGCAAAGGCCCAUCUCUACUGAAAAUACAAAGAUUAGCCGGGUGUGGUAGCGGGCACCUGUAAUCCCAGCUACUGGGGAGGCUGAGGCAGAAGAGUCACGUGAACCCAGGAGGCAGAGGUUGCGUUGAGCUGAGAUUGCACCACUGUACUCAGAGCCUGGGCAGCAGAGUGAGACUCUGUCUUUAAAAAAAUAAAAUAAAAGUAGUUUUGUUUUUUACUUUUUUUUUUUUUUUAACAUUAUUAUUCUAAAGAUCAGAACUGAAAAGAGAUUAAGAUAAGAGAGAGCUCCAUAGUGGCUGGAUAGCGGUCAGGCAUUUUCUGUUUUUUUUCCCCUUGUAGACCUAUUCCAAAUGUGGGCCUAAGGUCAAUGGGAGAUGUGCCCUCCAUAUGGAGGAUGUAAGAGGCAGAGGCCAUUUCUGCCCCAUCAUGAUCUUGAGAAAGCUGGAUCCGUUGAUAUGCCUGGACCCUAGAAUAUAUCUGAAAAGCAGUUGGACUUCAAGAAACUUAAAGUUUUCUCCUUGAGAUAGGGUGGACUAAGACCACUUCCAAAGUUUAAAAAUAUGCUCUUUCAGCUUAAAUCUUCUGAGGACUUAGACUGUAGGGCACAGGACAAAUUCCCCAAAUUCCUUUGUUUCCACAUAACUAGAUUACUUAAAUCUAUUUAAGCCUUCCUCUCCUAACGGAAACAUUAUUUCUAAAUAUUUCUGAUCAAGAAGUUUUUUCUUUUUUGAGCAACUUAAGUGAAUUUUAAAGAUUGCUCUUUCCAGUCCCGUUUCUUUUCACAUUUUCCUACAUUACCUAAUAAUUGCCUCAGUGUUAGAAUUUGACUGAAUGUAUUAAUUGAUUUAAACAUCAUAGAGACUAAAGUCUUAAACAUCUAAGACUCAGUUGCACAAAAAAAUUAAAGUCACCUCGACUGAACCUUGUUUUCAAUGUAAGAUUCUUGCUUUUCAAAGGGGUAACUAAUAAAGAUUGAAGGGUUUUUUCCCCGAUUGGUGGGAGGGAUGAAGAACUGUUGAUGCAAGUUUUCCACUGUUUCUUUUCUAUGAUCAGGUUUCUGCUUUCAUUUGAGAUUGGUACUUCCAAACUAACCUGGAUUCUUGGUUUUAAUGAGAGGAGGCAGAGAGAGGGAGGCAGAUGGAAGAAGGAAAGCGGUUAAGUAAGACACACACAGUCGCUGCGUUUCUGGACCGUACUAUAUCUUUCUAGCUCAAGGAUAAUAGGUAAACUGUAGGGUCUUUUUUACUCACUUUUAAUUUAUUGGUUCUUUUUCUGUUAGUUGUAACUGUUCAUAGUGGUUAAUUUUUACCUUAUAUAUGAGAUAGAACUGUGCAGAUCUCCACUGAAGUUAAUUCUGUCACACUUCUUCCCAUUAUUUAGAACACUUUUUUUAAAGCAACUGUACAAUUUCUCAGCUUUGUGGGCCUGCUUUCUGUUUCUUAGUACCAUGUUGCUUCCAAAUUGCGUUUUUACUGUAAAAGACAAUUUAUUGUAGAGAAGAGGCUGUGAAAGGCCUUCUCUAUCUUUAGAAAUCAAUUACAGAAAUUUACUUGUCACUUUUCUAGAGAAAAAUCAUAGGACUCAAACUGGUAGUGCUCAUUAUGUACAUUUUGUAAGCUUUGCCAGUGAAACCAUCGGUUUUGCAGGAGCUUCAUUUUGUAGUCAAGAUAAAGCUUAAAAUUCCAGAAAUUGAUAUCGUUUGGACUGACUUUUUUCAUAUUUCCAUCAAGCUUCUCCAUCACAGAAACAGUACCGAACCAGCAUCAGGUCUCCAGAAAUACGGCAGAGCAGACAGGCAGGCUGUUAAGUUUCACAAACAUCAUAGAUCCUUUUCUUAGAGAAGAAAAACAUGUAUAAAAUAGUUUUAAUAGUCCAAAAUGUCAACUGUCUGUAGCUGCUUUUGUGUGUGUGUCAGUGAAACAAUAAUAAUGCCUUGCUCAAUCAAUGCAUUCAGCCAUCUCAAGUGCAAUUUGUGAAGGAGACUAUGGUUUCCAAAAGAUACAUUUUUUUUACAAAGUUAAACCUGUAAAAAGUUUGUUUUUGUUUUUUCUUCCAGCAGUACACCAAUUGCCCUUGGUUAUUUCAGUAGUUGGUAUGCUGUUCAGUUAUCCAGGCCAAGUAAGUUUUGUAGCUGUUUUAGUAAUUUGAAGCCAAAUUCUCAUGCCAUUUCUCAUUAAAUAAUAAGAAUGAGAAUUUGGUCCACAGUUUGCUUAAUGUUCUGUCAUUCCUUUUCUUAUAAGGGUUUGGUGGGGAAUGGAGAGGUUGUUUUGUUUUUUGGAUUUUUUUUUUUUAAUUUCAGCCUCAAGUAUCAUAUUUUCUUUUGCCUGUAUCCAACUGGUUCUUUGAGUAUUUUCAUCUAUUUUAAUAUGAGUAAUAGAUGGUGUGCUGUGUCAUCAAAGUGUUCAACAUUUUGUUCAUUUAAACAAGUGUAAUUCAUACAUAUAGAGAUGCAUCUCUUAAUUGAUUUCUCACAUAACUAUUUUAUAAGUAACUGGAAUUUUUCAUUAGAUCUUAUACAGAGAAGUAUUUUAUUAAAAAUUCAAAAGGGAAGACUUUUAUGUGCUCAUUUUGUAAUUUUUGUUUUUAAAUAUCUUUACAUUGUCUGCCAAUUAAAGUGUUGUAAACUUGCAUUGGAAUGGACUCCCAAUGUAUUUUUGUGGUGUUAUUUAGUUAUCUGUAGAUUUCUAGCAUGAAGUUAGCCUCACGAUGCUGUGUGAAGGAUUUUAAAAUACGAGAGUCACUGAAAGAAUUUAAACAUCUGUUCAUGUUAAAUGCUCUAUGGAUUUUAAUUAAAGACUUGAGAAUGAUUUUAUAA